AUGGAUCGCCUCACCCUCCUCUUGGCAAUUCUUUAUGUGUACACAGUGCCAUGUGAAGAGAUUUUUUGGGACACGACUGUUAAACUUGCCAAGAAUAUGACCCUAGCAUGUGUGUAUCCAUUAGCGGACACUGUAACCCAGACGGAGUGGUUCAAGAUUAAGACGGAGAGAGAGUCGAUGGCCAUUUUCAACCCUGCAUUCCAUGGGAUCGUAAGAGAGGCCUACAUUGAUAGGGUCUACUUCUCAAAUCACACCAUGACCUCUCACGACAUGACCCUGUCCUUCCACAAUGCCUCUGAGGUGGACAUGGGCUUCUAUUCCUGCUUCUUGCAUACCUUCCCACACGGAACCUGGCAGAAGGUGAUACGGGUGGUCCCGCCAGACAAUUUUGAGGAUGCUGGGCCACCAAAUAGCCAGAUGGUCUCAGAACCUGGAAAAAACGUCACACUCACAUGCGAGCCUCGAGAGAACCUUCUGUUGGAAGAAGUGUCAUGGGAAAAGAUCCAGCCCCAGCAGAUUGACCUCUUAAUAAGCUGCAACGUGUCCCAAGGAAGAAGUUACACAUCCAAGUACCCAAGACAGAUACUGAGCAACUGCAACAAAGACAUGAAAAAGGCCUUUGUCACCAUACCUAAUGUUAUAGGCUCUGAUUCAGGACUCUACCGCUGUGGCUUCAAAGCCAGCACUGGGGAAAAAGAAACCUUUGUGAUAAGAUUGACCGUAACCGACGGUGAAACCAAGAACACAUACAUCCCCUUUGUGGCUGGUGGGGCAGUUCUGCUGUUGCUGUUGGUCCUAAUUACCACCAUCACUGUCAUUACUUAUAAGAGAAGGAAAAGGCAACAGAAAAGAGGCCUAUUUAAAGACUUCUGGAUCACACAGAAUAGGGCAACCAACAACUACAGAAAUCCCUUCCCUCCCAAUCCACCAUCAGGUGGUGCAGGAGAGGACAUUUAUGUCAACCACCCGGUCUUCUGUCUUGGACCAAGGGCUAGAGUCUAA